CUUUAUUCUAAUAGCUUGCUGAUCGUAUCGUACCGUAACUCUAAACUGGCGCCCGGCGAGACACUUUUGCAGUUAAAAAGAGAUAUUUCUGAAUUCUCAUUGGAAAAUGGUGAACGAUACAGUGCACCCGUUUUACCCACGGGAUCUGGAUGUACCAGGGUAUGUCCCUAAUGACAUCACAGUAUCUAGAAUGCUUACUGUAGCCUUUAGUUGUUUUGGGCUGGCUUUCAUUGUGUCUUGGUUGAUCUCUAGCAGCGCACGAUCGGUUGGUGAGCGUCUAAUGCUCUCCUGGUUUGGGUUAUCGGGAGCUAUUCAUUGCAGCAUUGAACUUUACUUUAGCCUUUAUCAUAGAACGCUAGUUGCUGAUUCAAGCUUUUUAUCUCAGUUAUGGAAAGAAUGGGGAAAAGCUGAUAGUCGCUAUGUCACAUCUGACAGUUGCAUUGUAAGUAUUGAAAGCAUUACUGCCUGGACUGAGGGGCCUGCAUGCUUCUGGAUCAUGUAUGCUUUCCUCUACAAUGCACCAUACAGACAUCAUCUCAGAAUCAUUGUGUCUCUAGGACAACUAUACGGUACGAUUGCGUACUACAUGGCGGAGUGGUUGGAUGGAUUUAGUCAUGGACCAUUUGGUGAUCCUUUCUACUUCUUCUUCUACUUUGUUUCAAUGAAUGCUUUUUGGGUUGUUAUACCAACGCUAAUGAUCAUUUUGUCUUGGCAGGAAUUAAGCAAAGCGCAAGCUUUUAAAGAUGAGAAUGAUAGGCCUGCUUCGCAGAGUGUUAGGAAGAGUAGAAAUAAGAAGACUAAGUAGUUUUUGUGAGUGAUAUUUUAGGAAUUCAAAGAGAGUCAUUAAUAACCAAUUAUUAAAUGAUCAUAGUUUUUAGUAAAUAAAUUUAAUUUAAGUUGAUUCAGAAAAUUUUGAAAAUACAAACACAUGGAAAAAGAGAAUCAUUAAAUAUCAAUAUACAGAAUAUAUAUUAUAUAUAAUAUAAAUCAUCAAAGGUACAUA